CUCAACACCAAAUCAAUAAUUCCCAGUCUCAUGCACGGAGUCAGAAGUUAUGCAGAACCCCCAGAGGAAGAUAGCGCCAGGUUUAUAAGUUUAGCAAAAGAGGCCUUGGAAACGUGUAAACAGAGAGAUUUCUCUUCUCAGGCUUUGUCUCUUGUCAAUCGAGUUCUCGAGUUGAAUCCCGACGAGUACAGCCUGUGGAAUUACCACAAGAGAUUUGUUCUCAAUGAGAUAGAGAAAAUAAUGAAUUAUGAACCUGCCUCGUUUCAGGAAGCUGCUGAGCAACUGUUUGAUUCAGAAUUUGAGUUGACACAGCGAGCUUUAUACAGACAUCCUAAAGCUUAUUCGGCUUGGCAGCAUCGUAUUUUUCUUCUGAAAACUGCUAAAUAUCAUCUUCCCUCUAAAAUAUAUGAGGGGUAUUUCAAAAAGGAACUUGAAAUUUGCGCCAAGUUACUUGACUUGGAUGAUCGAAACUUCCACGGAUGGGCCCAUAGAAUGCGAGUUGGAGACAUAAGAGGCUUACAACCUUCCAGAGAAGAACUUCAAUUUGUAACGGAACGUAUUUAUGGCAAUUUCUCCAACUACUCUGCAUGGCAUCACAGAAGUCGAAUUCUUCCAAUUUUGUUUAAGGAUCAACGAGAUCAAUACUAUCUGGCAGUUCAGGAGGAUCUUGAAUUAGUGAAGCAAGCAAUUUUUACGGAGCCAGAAGACCAAAGUGCUUGGUUCUAUUUCCGUUGGUUAUUAAGAGGAGCGCCAAGCUAUCAAACGACUGUUAGUGUUUUAGAUAUAGAUAACGAAAUUUUAAAAAAGGAGUUGUGCAUUUUGGAAGAACUUCUUACACUGGAACCGAAAUGCAAAUGGGCGUUAUUAACGAAGUUUUACCUUUUACAGAUUUUUGGUGACUUUGAUAACGCAGAGACGGUUUUGACAACAUUGCAGAAAUUGGAUCCUUUAAGGAAUGGUUAUUAUAUGUACCUGAAAGAGAAAAUGAGACGAUCAAGUUGAAAGAGCCAUCGACAAUUUUUUUAACAAAAUUUUUUUCAAUUAUCAUUAUUGUAUUCAAGUUAUAUUAGUAAAGUUGACUGUCUCCUUUGAGUUUCCUAUAGUGGAUGCUGUACCGGAGGCGAAUGCCGUUAGUGAUGAAAAUUUUCUGUAUAAUUCAAUCUGCAGUCAUUCGAAGUGUCAACAUUCAGAGUUGGUAAGGCUUCUCUGCAUUCACAUUGAUAUAUAUAUAUAUAUAUAUAUAUAUAUAUAUAUCUAUUUGCCAACGCAAACAAAAAGAAUUGCCUUUUCAAACAUCUUAUAUAUUAACUCUGUUCCGACGCGCUGAAUUAAAUAAACCGUUAAAAGGGACUCGGGGACUUGUCAAAAAGGCCUGCACUCAGUACUCGAUGGUGAGUAAAGAAUUUAUUUCAAGGAAGGAUUCCAGACCUUUCGCUGCAACCGAACCUUAUGCUAUUCUAUUCUCUACUGGCCUUGAGAGAAAUGCUCUUGAACAGUAAAUAUUCGCGUAUAAAAAUAAAGUCGAGUAUAUUUUU